AUGUCGACAGACGAGCAAAGUUUAGCUUCAUCGAAUCCAUCACGAGAAAAUCUCGUUCGAUAUAAUUAUCAUGAAGAUAAUGAAGGUUUGGUCAAUCGACAGAUCAGCUUGGAAUUAUAUGCAAGUUAUGUUUAUACAGCUAUGGCUCAUCAUUUCGAUCGUUAUGAUGUUGCUUUAAAAGGACAUCAUGAAUAUUUUAAAAAAAUGGCCGAAGAAGAAAAUGAACAUGCAAAUAAAUUCAUGAAAUAUCAAAAUAAACGCGGUGGUGCAAUUGUUCUUUUGGAUAUCAAAAAACCACAACAGCAAAGUUGGAAUUCUCCUCUCGAAGCUUUUGAAACGGCUUUACAAUUGGAAAAAGAUGUUUAUCAAGCAUUGCUUGAAUUACAUGGAUCUGCUUGUCAACACAAUGAUCCACAUUUGACAGAUUAUCUUGAAGGAGAAUUCAUUGAAGAACAAGUCAAAUCCAUCAAGCAAAUUAGCGAUUAUAUUACUAACUUACGUCGCGUUGGUUCUGGACUUGGUGAAUACAUUUUCGAUAAAGAAGAGCUUCAUGAUUAG